AUGGGUGUGGUGUUGGUCGAAGUUCUUUUUGGAGGUGAGUAUAAGUUUUAUGCUUGGAAUCCCACAACAGGAUAUUUGAGGAAAUUCAACAAGAGGCCACCUAUUGAGUCAACUCCAUUUGUGGAUGAAUAUAUUCUUAAGUUUUAUGGUUUGGGGUAUGCUCCAAAUAUAGGGCAGUAUAUUUACAUUCAGAUAUAUAAAAACAAAUAUGAUGGGAUUGGCAUAGUGGAGGGUUAUUCGUUGACAAAUGAUGAGUGGUUCACGAUUGAUACCAGCAUGGAAUUUUCAUAUACUGAUACUGAUGAUACUAUUGGGAAUGGGUCCUUGGGUUUGUAUUUUGCUGAACAUCUGCACUGGCUUGUGUUGUCCAGUACUAUUAACUCAUAUCAAAUUUUAGCAUACAAAUUUAGUGAUGGUCAAUUUGAGGUUGUUGGCCUACCUCGUGAUGUUGAUUUAUCAAGGGUUGAACUAUGUUCGUUAGUUAUACUUGAUGAAUGUCUAACAUUUUCUGGGAUUUUUGACGAUGCUGAAUUACCGUUUUAUGUUGUAAAAAUAUGGGCAAUGAAGCAAUAUGGUGGUCAGCGCUGUUGGAGUCAUAAUGUAACAUUGCAUAUGUGUGAUUGGGCUUUCGGAUACAUCUUACUCGUAUGUUUUACAGAUUAUGGUAUUGUUUACAUAAACAACAGCAGUGAAAUGAUACUUAGGUGGAACAACAUUUAUCGUGUUGUUGAGCAUCAAAUGAUUGAAAUUAUACAAAUUUAUCACCGCAUGGCUAUUUAUGAGGAAAGCCUUCUUUGGGUUUAG